AUGAGUUCUCUGAAGCAGUUCAUCCGCAACGUUCGUGCCGCCAAGACCAUCGCCGACGAACGAGCCGUCAUUCAGAAAGAGAGUGCCUCCAUCCGAGCAAGUUUCAGAGAAGAGAGCGGCGACCACAGCGUGAGGCGGAACAAUGUCGCCAAGCUCCUAUACCUCUUCACCCUCGGUGAGAGAACACAUUUCGGUCAAAUCGAAUGCCUGAAGCUGCUGGCCUCUCCCCGGUUCGCCGACAAGCGGCUGGGCCAUCUAGCUACUAGUUUGUUGCUUGACGAAAACCAAGAGGUUCUGACGCUUGUGACGAACUCGCUACAAAACGACCUCGCCCACUCGAACCAGUAUGUUGUUGGUCUGGCCCUUUGCACGCUGGGUAACAUUGCCUCAAUCGAGAUGUCGCGAGACCUCUUCCAGCAAGUCGAGGCCUGCGUCAACACAUCGAACCCGUACAUUCGAAGGAAAGCGGCCCUUUGUGCCAUGCGGAUAUGUCGCAAAGUCCCAGACUUGAAAGAGCAUUUCGUCGACAAGGUCAGCAACCUAUUGGCCGACCGAAACCAUGGCGUCCAGCUGUGCGGCCUGACCCUGGCGACUAGCUUCUGCGAGGCCGACGACGAGGAAGAUGCCGACGGCGACGAAGACAUUGUCGAGAAGUUCAAGCUGUUUGUACCAAACCUGGUCAAGACGCUGAAGGCGCUUGCAACCUCUGGAUAUGCUCCCGAGCAUGAUGUCACAGGUAUUAGCGAUCCGUUCGUGCAAGUCAAGAUCCUCCGCUUCCUCAGGGCAUUGGCCACGGGCGACGCACACGUGAGUGAGCAGAUCAACGAUAUUCUGGCACAGGUUGCGACGAAUACGGACUCCUCCAAGAACGUCGGAAACUCCAUCUUGUACGAGGCAGUCCUCACAAUUCUCGAUAUUGAGGCGGAUUCUGGUCUUCGCGUGCUGGGUGUCAACAUCCUGGGCAAGUUCCUGUCUAACCGGGACAACAAUAUCCGUUACGUUGCGCUCAACACCCUGAUCAAGGUGGUUGCUAUCGAGCCAAACGCUGUCCAGAGACACCGCAACACCAUCUUGGAGUGCUUGAGAGACCCGGAUAUCAGUAUCAGGAGGCGAGCGCUCGAACUGAGUUUUACACUUAUCAACGAGAGCAACGUGCGGGUUCUGAUUCGGGAGCUGCUUGCUUUCUUGGAAGUAGCAGACAACGAGUUUAAGCCCACCAUGACUAGUCAAAUAGGCAUUGCUGCCGACAAAUUCGCACCAAACAAGCGGUGGCACGUCGACACAAUGCUGCGAGUAUUGACGCUCGCCGGCAAUUACGUCAAGGAGCCCAUCAUGUCAUCCUUUAUCCGACUGGUGGCCACUACUCCUGAAUUGCAGACCUAUGCAGUCCAGAAGCUUUAUAUCAAUUUGAAGAAGGAUAUUACGCAGGAGAGUCUGACACAAGCCGGUGCGUGGUGUAUCGGCGAGUACGGUGAUGCUUUGCUGAGAGGUGGUCAAUAUGAAGAGGAGGAAUUGGUACGGGAGGUCAAGCAGCACGAACUCAUCGACUUAUUCACGACCAUUCUGAAUAGCAACCAUGCGACCCAAGUCUCGACCGAGUAUAUUGUUACGGCCUUAGUAAAAUUGACGACAAGGCUGUCUGACCCUGCACAACUCGAUCGAAUCCGCCGGCUGCUUGAGGUCCACCAAACAAGUUUGGACGUUGAGGUCCAGCAAAGAGCUGUUGAGUACACCAACCUGUUUUCGUACGACCAGAUUCGCUCUGGCGUUCUUGAGAAGAUGCCGCCGCCUCAGAUCAAGGAAGAAUCUCGCGUGCUGGGCGCGGCGACAACCACGAAGAAGGCCAAGGCUGCCAACCGAAAAUCCAGGGUCGUCAAGCCGACCGAGCAGGAUCUUCUAUUCGAUCUUAUGGACACUCCUCCAACAACAACACCUGCUGCCGGCGGCGCCUCUAACACCGACCUCCUGGCUGAUAUUCUGGGCGGUACCUCAUCGCCUCCCACGUCGACCUCUCCUGGCCCCCAACAAUCCCAGACAGCCUCUAUCAUGGACCUCUUCUCCCAAGGUUCUGCCCAGCCAAUGGGCUCUCCCGCACCAGUCAUGGGUGGCUCGAAUAUGGACUUGAUGUCGUCCAUGUCCGCAGCGGCAACCCCUCCGCCCCAGGCGCAGGCCGCUGCUCAGGCACCGGCAGGCCUUCCUGUCUAUGAUAACAAUGGUCUUAAUAUCAGUUUCCAGAUCCAGCGCAACGCCGAGGGUCUAGUCCAGGUCAUCGGCCGGUUCAGAAACUCCGGUCCCGGCCCUCUUUCAAACGUGGGAUUACAAGCAGCCGUUCCCAAGACGCAGAAGCUGCAGCUCAUGGCCAUUUCAAGCACGGAUGUUGGACCUGGUGCCGAAGCCACCCAGAGAAUGAUUGUGUCUGGAGCUAAGGGCCCGCUGCGACUGCGUCUGAGAAUUGGAUACGGGCAUUCAUCCGCCGGAGAAGUGAUGGACCAGGUGAACUGGACCGAGCCGUCCUAA